GUAGAAAUAUGGUGUAUAAACUAAUCAACACACUCAUUUUAGAACAAUAAAAAAUAAAUAAGAAUUGUUUUCUCCAUUUCUACCACAUUUAUGUGUAUGGGCAUAUUUUACGCUAGAUCUAAGCUUAGGUUUACGCUUACAGUACUAUAUAUUAAUUAAAUCAUUUAAAUGUAUAUACAAGUAAUCCCUAUGCUUAAAUGAAUACUAACAGUAUUUAAUAUGUAUUUUAAGCCUCUAUCAAUACAAAAAUGCAAACAUUUGAUAGUAUUUAUAUUAUUAACUUUAUUAUUUCAACCAAUCUUACAAUCAAUGUUAUUUUUUAAUUCAAAUGUAUAUUAUGUAACUGGUCGGAUUGUAAAUAAACCAUAUAAAUUCAAUUAUCAAUUCAAGAAAUUCUUUUCCAGUAGUAUAAAGUCAAGUACUAUGCUCUAUCAACCUUUAAUAAUUCCAUUUAUUUCAAAAUUGGAUUAUAAUAGUGAAUUGAAACGAAGACAAAUAAGAAGUAUGCCAAUUAGAUCAUUCAUUACGUCAAAUAAAUGUCCACAAAGUACUUCGAAACAAAAAAAUACAUUCCUAUGGAAAAUUUCCACUAAGCCAACUUCAUUCCUUUUUGGUACAUUACAUGUAGCUUAUACACAUGUUUGGUCACAAAUUGAUCCUGUAGUAAAAACAAGUUUUGCUCAAUCAGAUAUUGUCUAUUUUGAACUAGAUUUAACUAAUCCCGUUACAUUAGCUGAAUUGAGUGAUUGCCAAGUGUUACCUAAAAAUCAAACAAUCACAAAUCUACUUAAACCAGACUUAAUUAAACGUUUAGAUCGAUAUUUAAAUAACCUUCGUCAUAUGAUUAGUGUAUGGAUUGAACCUGAAAAGAAAGUUUUCGCAUCAUAUCUAUAUGAGACAUUGACAAAAGAUUGGAAAGAAAAAAGACCUAUAUGGCUUUUAUUAUUAUUAAAUAGUUUAACCAGGAGUGAAAUAUUCGAUCGAGGUGUACCCGUACUGGAUUUAUUUCUAGCACAAGAAGCCCAACGACUAGGUAAACAACAUGGUGCAGUGGAACAAGUAAAUGACCAAUGUGAACCAUUAAAUCGAAUAAAUGUUCAUCAGGUAACAUUUGCACUUGAAAUAACAUUGAAUAAUUUAGAAAAUGCUAAUCACCCUAUGACACAUUUGACUAACUAUUUUAACAACGUUAAUCAUAACGAUCGUGUGAGUAGUCAUGAUAGCAGUAGCAAUAAUAAAUACCCAUCAAACACGAAAGUUUUAUUCAAUACAUGGAAUGAACAAAUAAAUGAUACAUUAAUUACUAAUCAAAAACGUGGACCGAUUCAACAAACAGAUGUAUUCAGUAGUCCAACAGAACGAUUAAUUGAACAUUAUAAUUGCGGUGAUUUGAAUGAAACAUUAUCUAGAAUGUCUUUAACCCAAACUACACCAUCAGAUUCUGUGUUAUUGUCAACUUCGUCGUCAGAUUACACUACAACAAUGAAUGAAACAAAUACAAUUUCUCCUAUUACUAUGAUUCGUAAAAACGCUACAAUACAACAACAUAAAUUUCCCAACAAGGUGAAUAACAUUUCGAAACCACAUAGUUAUCGUACCCAAUCAUCACCAUCAUCACAAUCAACAUCAAGUUACUUCAUUGACAAAGAAAUAGCAAACUUGUUAAGCCCAAGUCAAGUUCAAACGCUUAUUGAUUUGGAGAAGUAUUUAAAUGAAGAACUGAUAGUUAGACGUAAUGAGCGAAUGGCUCAUGAGAUAAUCAGUAAAUUAAAACUUGCUGAAUCAUUAAAUCAAUCGGCAUUUUUUGCAUUAGGCGCAGGUAAUGCAACCUUGUUUUUUAGAUUUCACUGUCUCAGUGUAAAGAUGUUUCCAAACGCGAUUUGACAUUAUUUAGAGAACGAACAGAAAAAGAGGCCAUUGGGUUGCUUCUUCAUCCUACACUGAAACAAUUUAUCUCUAUAUAACGUCUCAUUAAAUCUAUAUCCAUAUUCUAUCCAAUCAAUUAAUAGUUGUGUUCACAUAGACUACCGAAGCUCUGAUGAGAAGUUAUCACCAGUGGAGUUCAACCGUGUGGGGAGCGAAAUAAUCAUUACUGACGACAGUGGCGCUAUGCCAAAAACCAGCAGAAAUUGAGAGUGUAAUUAUUGGAUUGCAUUUCAUUAGUUUUAAAGUAGGGUGCUCUCCUCAAAAGCUAAAGAUCCUGAGUUCGCCUCCUGGUGAAAUAAGCUUCCCUACUGCUGGAGAUUUAUAAAUAACGACGAAACAUCCACCCGGUUAUUUGUAAUUUUAAUGGUUCCUUAGUUACCGCCAAUCAGUCACAUUAAACUAAAUAUUAUCCUUUUAUUCAUGCAUUUCUCCUCCCUGGACCUAAAAUACGGUCUUGUUUUUUUGCAUAAAUUUAAAAUCAGCACUAACUAAGAAAAGUAACAGAUGAAAAAACAAUUUAAAUAACAGAAUAAUGUUUCCCUCAAUUUUUUAUAUGUUUAUCGUUAAUCACUGAUAACCUCCAAUGGGAUUGAAGUCAUGAUUUUCCGAUGCCACAAUCCACGUAAUUAGGCUCACAUAAUUUUGAGGCUUCUACUUAAAUAAGAGAACUUUUAACGAAAUCAACUUAACAAGCAUUUAAAAUCACCGGCAAUUAACACUAGUAAUAAAUGAACUAUCAAUAAAAUCUUUAUAUUAUUUUUAUUUGGAUCAUUUAAUUUCCAACAAAUAAUCAAAUAAAGUCAAAAUUUGGAGUUGUUUCACACUAUUUAAUUUGAGAUAAAAACAUGAUACCAGCCUAGAAUUAAGAUACCAAAUCAUAUUAGGACUGUCAGAAUGAAGUUGACUAUCACAUACUGAUCAAAAAAAUGAUUCUUACUUCGAAUAUUUUCUUUAUUAGAAAUUAGAAACUGAUCUCGAAACUCAGUAAACGCCUUGACAACAAAACUGAGCCGUUAGUAAAAAUCCUUUAAAUACCAGUGCCGAUGACUACUCGAAAUUGGUUUCAACUUUUUCAUUACCUUGUCUCGUUUUAUCUUCAGUAGGUUUCCAAUGAUUUCAAAUAACUUGAUAUACUUCAUUUUUCCCAAUUCUAUAUUUCUGCAACGGAAAUUCCCCAAAUUUCACUGUUUCUCACAUAGUUGAACAAUUUUCUCAUCACUAACUCCACUUUCCACCAUCCUUUAUCUGAUUCAUAUUGGCUCAUUCAUCAAAUGACUAUUUUUCAAACAUCUGGCCCUUAAUAAUCUUUUAUUCUCAAACUAAGUUGCCAACAUUUAUUCUGAUUAUCUUUUUCCGAAUAUAAUUCUACCUAUAACUUGAUUCAAGUUAUCAAUGUAUUCAUUAUAAUUCACUCCCUAAGUAGUGAAUGAACACUUUGAGGUAGAAUAAACAAUCACACAGUGGCUUAGCAAAAUUUGAAAAUCACAAAUUUUAUUUACUCUGAAGUGACUUACAUUAAUUCACGAAACGUGAUAAAUGCAACUUUUAUACUCACUGGGAUAUAUAUAGUAAAUAUAUCAUUGUUGUAAUCUUGAUUGCUAUCAGUCCCUUUUUUUAUUCUCUUUAUUUCAAUCUUCUCAACCUUCUGUUCACA